AUGCGAAACCCGGUUCCGGGCCUGGGCGACCUGCUCGUCACGAUCGCCAAGUUCCUGCACAUAUGCCUGCUGCGCGCCUGGGCGUCGGCCUAUAUUUUCGCCGUCAUCUUCAUCUCCCUCAUUAUCUCCAAAUGUUUCCGUAUAUUCGCCUAUUGGGAGUCAUUAUCCCUCUGGGGAUUGCUGUUCUGGGGAUCGACGUUUUUCCUGGCUGAGUUUUUGUUCAUUGUGGUCGCGUGCUUCCUUACCCGAUCCUUCGAGUCCCGCGUGUGGCAGAACGUGGCGGCUGUCGUCACAGCCCUAUUUGCCCUCGCUGUGUCGAGCAUGACAGCUGCGAACAUCUCCUACUAUAUCCACGUUGGCGUCGAGAUCCAUUGGCAUAAGCUGCAAAAGUUCCGGAACCCGGCCCCCUCCGCGGGGUUGGUUCUGUCCGCCUUGGCAGUUGCAUUCCUCGUGUUCGGAUUGAUAUUGGCGAGUGCAUACUUUGCGAAAUCUUACCUGUUCCGCUUCAUGAGCGCUCUCUUGGAGAUGUGGGGUUCUUUCCUGCCUGCGAAAGUGACCGACCGCUUCUCUUCGAAGAAGCCACCCGCCCAGUCCUACGAGCAGAUCGCAUUGAACAACUCCGACGACGACAGUGACCGAGACUCAAUUGAGUUCUUGGAUGAGCCCCAGCAUGAGCCCGAGCACCGACUGCCCGAACGAAACCAUCCGCUGUUCGUCCGUAUCGUCGUUACCGCGUGUGUCGUUCUGAUUAUCGUCCUGCGCCUUGUUCGCCCCAGUGAUGCAACAUAUACCUUUUUCUCCGAGUCGCUGCCCCUCGAAGUGUUCUAUACAUCCAAGUACUGGCUGGGCCAAGGCAGUGUUGAGACACUCCCUGGUGAUUUUAGCUGGUUGGAAGAGCGCACGGCGCUGGACGCAUUCCCGACAUUCGAGUGGUUGCAGGCAAGCGAUGGUUCAAUUGGCGCUACUGAUUGGUCCCCUUUCCAAGUGAAUAUGACAAGAGUUGCUGAAUACUCGAACGGAUCUGUCACGCAUUACAAUCCCCUGAAGGAUCCGUUGCACACCCCCAACCUCGGGAAUGACAUUUUGAAGUCAAUUGCGGGACCAAUCCGCGACGGCACCGUGAAGAUCAAGCACGUCAUUCUGAUUAAACUGGAAAGUACUCGGCAGGAUGUCUGGCCAUUCCGCGCAGAUAACUAUGUCAUGAAACGCAUCAAAGAAUCUCGCGAGGAUGGCGAGAUCCCAGCUGCGAUGAUGGAAGCUCUAGGGAACCUGACCCCAAAUGCCGAGAGACUGACGGGCUGGGAGACUGGAUUCAACACCAAAGAGCGUCCCGCGCCGUAUGGUGGCAUCAGCGCAAGCAACUGUUUUACAUCUGGCACCUAUACCCUGAAGAGUCUGACUGGCACCAUCUGCGGUCCUUGUUUCCCGCACAUUUUGGAUUCAUUAAACCAGCGAGGCAAUCUCACUGCUAACUCCGAGGACUGGACCUCCUGGCCAUGGCAUCCAAUGUGGAUGCAGUCGCAUUCUGCGACGUGGGAUUACCACUGGAAGCUGAAUCCUGUUCUAGGAUUCAAGGACGUCAUGACCAAGGAGACCAUUGACCGGACUGACAUGAAGUACAUCCCUGAGGAGACCGAGGAGGAAGAGCAUCACGGUCACGAAGACAAGGUGCUGAAGUAUUACAUGCGUGACCUCCUGGCCGAGGCCAAGCAAAAUAAGACUCGUCUUUUCCUCGCCCACUUGACGCACAAUACCCAUAAUCCUUGGUUCACCCCAGGCGAGCGUGUUCAAUACCUCUCCGAUGCCACCGAAGGCGACAAGCUGAAUGUCAAUAACUAUAUCAAUGCUCUUGCAUAUCAAGACCAAUGGGUCGGUGAUGUGCUGGAGGUCUUCAAAGAGGCCGGUGUUGCGGAUGAGACCCUUUUCAUCAUGGUCGGCGACCAUGGCCUCUCCCUGCCGAACAACGGCGGCUUGACAGCGAAUCACGAUUCGCACGUCACCAGCUUCCACGUGCCCCUUUACUUUUCUCACCCUAAGCUGCCCCAAAUUGAACUCACCAAUCCUGUGAUCUCUACUCAGAUUCUGCCCACCAUCCUCGACUUGCUGAUCCAAACCAAAUCCGUGAACGAGCAAUCCCUCGCAAUCCUCGGAGACCUGCUCCCUCUAUACGAAGGCCAAUCGAUGAUUCGCGCGCCGAUUCGUAACAAAAACGGCCGACGUGAGUGGCAGUUCACCACCAUGAACCCUGGUGGAACAUGGAUCUCUGUGCGAUCAGCCGAUAAGCCCUACCGCCUCGUUGAGCACCCGGAGCAGAACGUCGAUAUCGACGCUCUGAUCGACGCGGUGCAGGCGCAGUAUGGGCCCGAGCCGGCGAAGUGGACUAAUGAGGCUGCCCAUGUGGCACACUGGUGGAUCAAAGAUACCUUCCGCCGCUGGAAAUAUGACCCCGAGAACCCGGGUUCCCCAUAA